AUGAGCAAGUACUUUGUGACCAUUCUGUGGCUGCUUCCGGUGCUGGCAGCGGCUCUGCCAGCCAACGACAAGCCUGGAAAUGAAAACGACCUAAUGGCAACCAUAUACAGCGAUUGUUUGAAGAAAGAGUCGAUCAACUGCAUCAAGUACAAGGUAUUCUCGUACGUGGACAAGAUGCUCGCUGAUAAGGAAGAUAUCACGCUCACAGACGGCAUUACUGUGGUCAAGACGUCGAACGCCGAGGAAGGCGCACCUAGAUCAAUCGAGUCUAGCGAUUUGGAUACCCUUUUGUUCGACCGUUUGGGCAGGUUCCUGAAGACGCACUCUGUCAAAGUUGACCUCAAGGGAACCGAUAUCCUCGGUGCCAUUGAGUCUGCCGGUCGAAGUUUCGAGGACUUCACCGACAACGCCGUCGAAAGUCGUGGCAAGAAGAAGAAGGCGCAAAAGAUCCUCGGCCCGCUGAUGAUGGCCUUGGCCUUGAAGGCCGCAGCCCUGCUACCCUUGGCCCUCGGCGCGAUCGCCGCCAUCGCUGGCAAGGCUCUUCUCGUCGGCAAGAUCGCCCUCGUCAUUUCCGCCAUCAUCGGGUUGAAGAAGCUGCUCAGCUCGAGCGGGAAACACGUGACGUAUGAAGUGGUGUCGCAUCCCCAUCACAGCAGCAGCCACAUCGUCAGCCACGACGACGGCGGCCACGGUGGCGGCGGCUAUGGUGGCGGUGGCGCUGAUUAUGGUGGUUACUCCGGAAGCAGUGGCCACGGCUGGGCCAGAAGUUUACCUCAAGAUGCUCAUGAAUUGGCCUACCGCGCUCAUCAACCUCAGACAGAAGCAUGA